GGUGUUGGGGAGAGAGAGACAGAGUGGGUUCCUUCCUUUGCUUGUGUCAAUUCGUCUUGCACAGAGAGAGAGAGAGAGAUCUGCCUAACCAGAGAGGAUUGCACCGAUUUUGGAGAUUUCUGUGAUUUUCUAGGCCAUUGCAGCCCUUUCUCUUUCUUCUUCUCUCUCUAUGUUCAGUUAAAAAUUGAUUUGCUGACGAGCGAGCGAGAGAGAGGAGAGAGAGAGAGAGUUUCUCAAAUUGUAAUUUUCCCCCUUUUUUUUUUUCUUUUCUCAAAAUUGCCCACCUUGGGUUGGGACCAUUGCAUUUGUUCUGAGGAGAGAGAGAGAGAGAGAGAGAGAGGAGUUUCUCGUGCUCUUAGCACGCAGAUCAGGAAGCGGAAUUCCAUUUCGUAUGAUGCUCCUGAGGAAUUUCUUCUCGGAAGAAAGCCCUAGUUAGUUGUAGCUGAACAAAUGGAGUUCGUUGGCAAAACGCUGAAGAAGGAGUUUGCAGGGCUUGGGGUUUUCGCCGGGGUCGUGAACUCGUACGACGCUUCGACGGGGUUCUUCGAGAUCCUCUACGAAGACGGAGAUUCCGAGGAGCUGGAAUUAUCCGAGGUUUCUUCGCUUUUUAAUGGAGCGGGAUUGGGGACGGGAAGCGUGACUGGUGACCAAUCUGCUGCUGAGUUCGAACUCGCAAAUGAGCCGCGGGUCCGACGGAAGCCCAAGAAACGGCGUCGUCUUCUUGCUGAUUCAGGUAACCGAACUUCUGCUAAUUUCACGAGUGAUAGUUUGACGGAGAGUCGUGAGGAGAUUAUUCUGAGGCAGGACGGCACGAGCCAACAGGGGUUUUCGAGAGAUACUGUUUCAGCCAUGGGGAAUUUGAGUUCUGGUGGCUGUAAUGGGGUUAAGCCAGAUAAUGGGUUGGAUUUGAAUGUUGGGUUAAAUUUAACCGAGGGGUUUAGUUUAAGCGAGGGAGCGAAUUUAAAUGUUCAUUUUGAAGAACUUCCGAGGAGAAAUGGAUGUAUUGAUCUCAAUUUGGAUGCGAAUGGUGAACUUGAAGAAUUAAGAGAGGGCAAUUUGGGGAAUCCUGGUGCGGAAACGCAGAAGGGAAAGCGUUGUUUUGAUUUGAAUAUGGUAUUAGAUGAAGAGGGCAAGAAUUCUGAUUCUGACUGUGAAGGACAAUUGAAAGAGACCACUUCACUCCAUGUAGUUGAGGAAACCGAAAAGCAGGAGAAAGAAGGUCUUGAAAUGGUAGGCGGUGUCAAAAAUCAGGAGCAAGCUUGUUUUGGAAUUGUUGCAGGAACUCAAGUAGAACCUGUUGCUGGGUAUGCUGAGAAUGACGUGGGAGAUUCAUGUGUCACGAUGAUAAAAGAUGCCCCAAAAGCAGAUGGUGCUAGUGGAGGAUCUGAAGGAGGUGGUGUUCCUGUAACUACAUAUGCUAACGAUUCCAUACCUUCUCAAGUUCAGGUGAAGAAGGAACUUCCUGAAGGCGAUUCUGGAAUCGCGUGCAAAGAAAGAAACAGGCGAAAGAGUAUUAAAACUUCUGAAAAUAUUAGUUUUAUUAAAGAAACAGUAUUGAGGAGAAGCAGUCAGAGACUCGCUAUGGUGGAUUCGCGUGUGGGAUUCCAAGAAGCAGUUGAAAGGGAAAAGGGUGUUAGUGGAGAAUUCCUGGGAGGCACUACUCCUGGAGCUACAGUUGCCACAGGUUUUUUAUCUUCUGAUGUUGAACUGAAGGAAGGAUUUACUAGCACUGGGACAGACACUGACACUACAGCUGAUAACAGUUAUCAAGUCAAUACCGGGAUGACCAGCAAAGAAAGACAGAGAAAAAGGAGAAGGAAACUUUCAGAUUCUGCUGUGGAAACGGUGUUGAGGAGAAGCAGUCGUAGGUUAGCAGCUUCUCUUAAUCCUCAAAAUCAUAUUUCAAGUGAAGCAACAUCAGUUGCAGAUAAUGAGGCACAGUCCUCUGCUGCAGUUAGUGCAGUAUUGGAUGAGAAGCUUGCAAUCCCUGAUCGUGAAGAAUCUGAAGAAGACAGUGUUCUUCCUCCAAAGCUACCAUUACCCCCUUCUUCUGAAAACUUGAAUUUGGAUGGGAUUCCCAUACUUGAUCUUUUCUCUGUUUAUGCUUGUUUGAGAUCAUUUAGUACAUUAUUAUUUUUGAGUCCUUUUGAGUUGGAGGACUUUGUGGCAGCGCUAAGAUGUGAAGCUCCUAAUUUGUUAUUAGAUUUCAUCCAUGUUUCUCUUUUGAAAACUUUGAGGAAGCAUUUGGAACUUCUUUCUGGUGAAAAUUCUGUCUCUGCUUCCAACUGCCUCAGGAGUCUAAACUGGGAUUUGCUGGAUGUGAUCACGUGGCCCAUUUUUAUGAUGGAGUACCUUCUCAUUCAUGGUUCUGCAUUGAGACCUGGCUUUGAACUUUGUAAAUUGAAUGUUCUUGAGAGUGGCUACUACAAACAACCAGCACCAGUAAAGAUUGAGAUACUUCAGUGUCUAUGUGAUGAUGUGAUUGAAAUGCAAGCCAUAAGGUCAGAGCUUGAUAGACGAACGCAGGCAAUUGAGCUAAAUAUGGAUACUGAUUGGAGUACAAAGAUUGAGGGUUCAAAGAGGAGGAGGACUUCAGUGGAUAUUUCUGGCGGGUCCUGCUUGACUGAGGAGGUCGUCGACGAAACCACAGAUUGGAACAGUGAUGAAUGCUGCCUUUGCAAGAUGGAUGGGAGCUUAAUAUGCUGUGAUGGUUGCCCUGCCGCUUAUCAUUUGAGGUGUGUAGGAGUAUCUAGUAAUCUCAUGCCGGAGGGUGAUUGGUAUUGCCCUGAGUGUAUGAUUGACCGAGAUAAGCCCUGGCUGAAACUGGGAAAGUCAAUUCGUGGGGCGGAUCUUCUGGGAAUUGAUCCCCAUGGACGACUAUAUCAUAGCAGCUGUGGCUACCUAUUGGUGUCCGAUUCACAUGAGAAUGAACAAUCAUAUCGCUAUUACAACAUAAAUGAUUUGGGCUUUGUUAUUGAAGCACUAAAGUCAUUAAAUACCCUUUACAACCCAAUAAUAGGUGCAAUUUUGAAGCAGUGGAAUAUAUCUGUAUAUUUGAAUGGAGCAAAAAGUUACAAGGACUCCCCUAAUCCUACUCCAUGCCCAGAACUUAUGAAAGGACAAAUUGGUACGGUUACCAUGCUGCCACUGCAUUUAGCACCUUCUGGAACCUGUCCUGGGGAGGAAAUCAUCAAUGAGAGGAAACCUGAAGAGAAUUCUACAGCUGCUCAAUAUUCUGGCAGUACAGACUUUGAGGUUUCUGCAUUGGUAAAUAAUGCUCAGGUGACUUCGAACAAUUUUGUGAAGAUGGAAAACCUGUUGACGAGUUCUGAAGGAUCGGCUGAAACCUCACUAGCUACAGCCGUUCAGAACCUUCAAAAAACUGGACCAGAUGGUUUCAAUAGAUCCCCUGGAACUCUAAAUGGAUCUGAGAUUCAGGGGAAAAUUCUUUCUGUUGGGGACAGUCCUUUGACUUCUACCAAUUUUGAUGGUGAACAAGGGAAGAAUAUCCAAUCAGCAGUCUGUGGCCAUAUAUUAUCCAUAUCUGAUACACGAAAAGGUGAAACACCAAGAAGGCAGGUAGAAACCAGUUAUAUGAACUAUUAUAGUCUUGCCCAAACAGCAUCAUCAGUUGCAGAAGAGUUAUCACAUAAAUCAUCAGAGAAGAUCAAUGAGAGCUCUACAAAAUCAGUUGAGGAUAUAAUUUUGGCUCAGCUGAAGGCCAUAUCAAAAAAAUCGACCAAGUUUUCAUGGCCAAACAUUCAGAAGCUAAAUGCUGAUGCUAGGAAAGAAAAAUGCGGGUGGUGCUUCUCUUGUAAAGCAUCGGAUGAUGAAAGGGAUUGCUUUUUCAACCUAAGUGAUUCUGCUCCAACAGAUCUUAUGAAUGAGGUGGUUGGUCUUUGUUCACAAUGGAACAAGAAAGACCAUCUUGUUGAUGUCAUGGGCUAUAUUCUUUCAAUUGAAGAUCGGUUGCGUGGUUUAUUGUCAGGUCCGUGGUUAAAUCCACAUUAUUCCAAGCUUUGGCGCAAGAAUGUUGCCAAUGCCUCUGAUGUUACUUCGUUGAAGCAUUUUCUGCUCAUGUUAGAGUCAAACUUGCGGCCCCUUGCACUUUCAGCAGAUUGGGUAAAACAUGUUGAUUCUGUUCCUAUAUUGGGCUCUGCUUGUCAUAUUGUGUCCAGUUCACUACGUGUAUCUUCAAGACAUGGGAUGGGCAGAAAACGUGCUCGUUAUUCAGAUUUAGAGGCCAACAAUUCAUCAAAUGCGGCAAGAGGUUUGGGCUUGCUUUGGUGGAGGGGUGGUAGACUCUCACGCAAGUUGUUCAAUUGGAAGGGUUUGCCUCGCUCCCUGGCUUUGAAGGCUGCCCGACAAGCUUUGAAUAACACAGGUGGAUGUACAAAGGUUCCAGGAAUAUUAUAUCUGGAUAGUUCAGAAUUUUCUCGAAGAAGCCAACAUGUUGCAUGGCGAGCUGCUGUCGAGCAUUCAAAAAGUGUGGAACAGCUUGCUCUCCAGGUUAGAGAGCUUGAUGCAAAUAUUAGAUGGGAUGACAUUGAAAAUACCAAUGUUCUAUUGAAGAUGGACCAAUUUAGAAAAUCUGUAAGGCCCUUCAAGAAAGUUAUAAUCCGUCGGAAAUGCACUGAAGGAGCAGUGGUCAAAUAUCUUCUUGAUUUUGGCAAGAGAAGAAUUAUCCCUGAUGUUGUUGUGACUCAUGGAUAUACGGUUGAAGAAUCUUCUAGUGGAAGAAAAAAAUAUUGGCUGGAAGAAUCUCUUGUUCCCUUGCAUCUCUUGAAAGCUUUUGAAGAGAAGAGAAUAGCCCGCAAAUCUAACAAGAUGAGCUCUGGGAAACUUAAUGCGAGUGGUAGGAUAACAAGGAAAAUCUCGAGGAACAGAGGAUUUGAGUACCUUUUUGCUAAAGCAGAAAAAUCCGAGUAUUAUCAGUGUGGGCACUGUAAGAAAGAUGUUUUGAUCAGGUCAGAUUCAUGUGAGGAUGAACCCUCAUAUCGCUGUUACCACAGAAAUGAUUUGAGCAUUGUUAUUGAAGCACUCAAGUCAGCAAAUACCCUUUACCACUCAAUAGUUGGUGCAAUCUUGAAGCAGUGGAAUAUAUCUGUUUACCCAAAUGGAGCAGAUGGUUCAAAUAGAUCCUCUGGAACUCUAAAUGGAUCUGAGAUUCAGGGGAAAAUUCUUUCUGUUGGAGACUGCCCUUUGACUUCUACAAGUUUUGAUAGUUUGCAAGGGAAGAACAUCCAUUCAGCAGAGGGUGGGCACAUAUUAUUCGCAUCUGAUACAAGAAAAGAUGAUACAUCAAGAAGACGGUUAGAAACCAGCUAUAUGAACUUUUAUAGUCAUGCCCAAACAGUGUCAUGGGUUGCAGAAGAGUUAGCAGGGAAAUCAUCAGAGAAGAUCAAUGAGAGCUCUAGAAAAUCUGUUGAGAAUAUAAUUUUGACACAGAUGAAGGCCAUAUCAAAGAAAUCUACUAUUUUUUUAUGGCCAAACAUUCAGAAGCUAAAUCCCGAUGCAAGGAAAGAAAAGUGCGGGUGGUGCUUCUCAUGUAAGUCACCAGAUUAUGAAAGGGAUUGCUUAUUCAAUCUAAGUGCUCCAACAUAUUUUACGAAUAAGGUGCUUGGUCUUUGUUCAAAAUGGAAAAAGAAGGGCCAUCUUGCUGAUGUCGUGGGCUAUAUUGUUUCAAUUGAACUUCGGUUGCAUGGUUUACUGUCAGGCCCAUGGCUAAAUCCACAUCAUAGCAAGCUUUGGCGCAACAGUGUUGUCAAGGCAUCUGAUAUUACUUCAUUAAAACAUUUUCUGCUCAUGUUAGAAUCAAACUUGCGCCCUCUUGCACUUUCAGCAGAGUGGGUAAAGCCUGUUGAUUCUGUUUCUACAAUGGGUUCUGCUUGUCAUAGUUUGCCCAGUUCACUAAGUGGGUCUUCAAGACAUGGGAUGGGCAGAAAACGUGCUCGGUAUUUAGAUUUAGAGGUCAACCAAUCAUCAAAUUCUGCAAGAGGUCUGGGCUUAUUUUGGUGGAGGGGUGGUAGACUCUCCCGUGAGUUGUUCAAUUGGAAGGUUUUGCCUCGCACCUUGGCUUUGAAGGCUGCCCGGCAAGGUGGAUGUAUGAAGAUGCUAGGAAUAUCUUAUCCUAUUACUUCAGAAUAUGCUCGAAGAAGCCAUAAUAUUGCCUGGCGAGCUGCUGUUGAGCAUUCAAAAAGUGUUGAACAGCUUGCUCUCCAGGUGAGAGAACUCGACGCAAACAUUAGAUGGGAUGACAUUGAAAAUACUAAUAUUCUUUCAAAGCUGGUCCAAUUUAGAAAAUCAGUGAGACCCUUCAAGAAUGUAAGAAUCCGUCAGAAAUGCAUCGAAGGAACAGUGUUGAAAUAUCUUCUAGAUUUUGGCAAGAGAAGAAUGAUCCCUGAUGUCGUUGUGUCUCAUGGAUCUAUGGUUGAAGAAUCCUCUAGUGGAAGGAAAAAAUAUUGGCUGGAAGAAUCUCUUGUUCCUUUGCAUCUCUUGAAAGCUUUUGAAGAGGAGAGAAUAGCUUACACAUCUAACAAGGUGAGCUCUGGGAAACUUAAUGGGAGUGGCAGACUAACAAAGAAAAUCUCGAAGAAAGGAGGAUUCGAAUACCUUUUCUCUAAAGCAGAAACAUUCAAGUAUUAUCAGUGUGCACACUGUAAGAAAGAUGUUUUGAUCAGGGAAGCAGUGAACUGCCAGUAUUGUAAAGGCUUUUUCCAUGAGAAACAUGUGAGGAAGUUUGCUGGACCAAUCCUUGUUGAAUGUACAUCCAUUUGUCAUAAGUGUCACAUUGGGAAUUCUGCAAAGGUUGAGACCAAGAAGAGGAUGCCACCCCACCCCAGAAUCAGUAAGAAAUAUGGUAAAGAUACAAAAACAUCACUGAAGCAGAAGAGUAAAAAAGAUACCAUAGCGUUAGCUUCGCAAUGUUCUCCUAGGAAAAUUGAAUGUGUGGGUUUGCAAAACAAAAAGCUUGGAGGACUCAAGAAAGGAGAAAGGAAACAAAUCAAAUCCUUGAAAGUGAUAUUAAAGAAACCAAAGGAAGGCAUCUGGCAGAAGAAAAGAACACCAAUGUAUCAUGCUUAUUGGCUCAAUGGUCUCUUCUUGUCGAGAAAGCCAAAUGAUGAGCAAGUUAUGUACUUCAAAAGUAGAAACUUUGUUGCCCCAUCUAAACAGUUGACUGACAUUGUUGAUCAACCCAAAUGCAGUCUCUGUGGAGAGCUAGAAUUUUCAUCGACAUUAAGCUAUGUUGGUUGCGAGAUCUGUGGAGAAUGGUAUCAUGGGGAUGCUUUUGGGCUUAGCACGGAGAACAUCAGUAAUCUCAUUGGAUUUAGGUGCCACAAAUGCCGUAACAGGGCAUCUCCUAGCUGCCCCCAUUUGCACAGAAGGACUAACGAUGAGGAGCGAGUGGGCACUUCGAGUGGUAUGUCAAUGGCUGAUUUUGUUGGGGAUGCCUCAAACGAUAUUGCUAUCCAGUCUUUUGAUGACAAAGAAGCAAAGGUUCCAUCUUUUCAAAGGGAAAAAAUGCGGAGGAAGAUUAGAGUUCCAAGGAGAUACCUAGACUGAAAUGAAUGGGGCUUUGACUUUUUACGCUAGGUACCUAGAGAAUCUUAGAUUAUAAAUGAGUGAAGAUGAAUUGGGAGAUCUAAGUAUGAAAUAAAAUAGUCUUAGUUAAUUAGUAUUAAUUAAGAACUUAAUUUUUAAAAGAGUAGUCAUCCCAAAUUAUUUACUAAAAUAAUGUUGGGAUGGCACGAGAUAUUGCAUGCAUGCAAUUUGUGGCCGUGUGGUAGAGGCAAAAAUGCUCUUAUUAAUAGCAUUUUUUUUCUUAUACAAAAAUGCUUCUUUCUGGAGUAUUA